AUGGCGCAUUCCAAUGAUCCCGCUGCAUUGAAGGCGCAGUUUGUCUCUAAAUUGGGGGAAGAGCAGUGGGAUGACUCUUGGGAAAGCAUCGCACAGCUCAGCCCAGAGCUCUUUGCGGCGAGCGUAGAUCUCAUCGCCGUACCGAAAAAGAAGCGCCGCUUAUCCCCCAAGAUCCAGCAGCUCAUGUCCAUCGCUGUCGACGCCGCCUCGACCCAUCUUUACGCACCGGGAGUCCGAAAACACAUUGAUGCUGCCUUGAAAGAAGGAGCAACACCUUCAGAGAUAAUAGAGGUUAUUGAACUGACGGGAACACUGGGGAUACAUGCGUGUAACAUCGGGGUGCCACUACUUGUGGAGGUGAUGAAAGAGGAAGGCAUCUAUGAGAAACAUCCUACGGCAGGCAAGCCUUUUGACGCACAACGAGAGAAGCUGAAGGCAGACUUCACCAAGAACAGAGGAUACUGGCACAGCUUCUGGGAGGACUUUCUGGCACUCGACCCGGAAUUUUUUGAAGCGUACCUCAACUUCUCCUCUGUUCCAUGGCUGAAGGAUGUGGACGGCUCAGGCAAGGGUGUGGGAAUCCUCGAACCCAAAGUAAAAGAGUUGGUAUAUUGUGCAUUCGACGCGGCCGCCACACAUCUCUACGUUCCGGGCCUCAAGCUACACAUGAAGAACGUCCUGAAAUACGGAGGCACGCCGGAAGAAAUCAUGGAAGUCUUAGAAAUCGCUACUCAGCUCAGUUUGCACACGUCCAACGUCGCCGCGCCCAUACUAGCAGAGCGACUAGCCAAGGCUUAA